AUGCCUCCCCGCCAGUCCUUGGACCCAUGGCGGGCCCACACCAACCGUCCCGGGUCCAGUGGCGGACGCCUGAACUCCCAUCCCUCCCAGGACCCACACGGCCGGGCCCAGGCCCUCCCGUCCUCGGGACACUGGCGGACGCCUCCCGCCCACCCGUCCGGGGCCCACGGCGGGCCCUUGCCCCCCAACCCGUCCCGGGACCCGUGGCGGACGGCGCCUGCCUGCCCGUCCCGGUACCAGCAGCAGGCCCAGCCCGCCGUCCCGAAACUAGUGGCGGACGCCUGCCCGCCCGUCAGGGGCACGCGGUGGGCCUUGCCCGCCCGUCCCCGGGACCAGUGGCGGAUGCCUCCCCGCCCGUCCUUGGACCCAUGGCGGGCCCACACCAACCGUCCCGGGUCCAGUGGCGGACGCCUGAACGCCCAUCCCAGGACCCACGGCGGGCCCGUGGUGGACGCCUGCCCGCCCGAUCAGGAGGGGACACGCGGUGGGCCCGUUGCACCGCCCGUCCCAGGACCAGUGGAGGAUGCCUGCCCGCCCAACCCGCCCGAACCCCCGCCCGGCGGCCCGCGGGGGCCCUUGCCCGCCCGUCCCUGGCAGAACCGCCUGCCCGCCCGUCCCGGUACCAACAGCAGGCCCAGCCCGCCCGUCCCGGGACCAGUGGCAGACGCCUGGCCCGCCCAUCCCGGGACACGCUGUGGGCCCUUGCCGCCCGUCCCGGGCCACAUGGCGGAUGCCUCCCACCCAACCACGCCGACCCGCGGCGGGCCCUUUCCCUCCCAGUCCCCGGGACCAGUGGCGUAUGCCUGCCCGCCCUCCCGGGACCCGCGGGGUACCUUGCCUGCCCGUCCCAGGACCAGUUGGCUGUACGCCUGCCUCCCUCCCGUACCAACAGCUAGGCCCGCGCCUCCCUCCCCGGGACCAGUGGCGGCGCCUUCCCCCUGUCCCUGGACAACGCGUGGGCCCCUCGCACCACCCCUGCCCGGGACCGUGGUGAUGCCUUGCCCACCCAACCCCCGCGACCCGCGGCGGGCCCUGCCCGCCUGUCCCCCCGUGACCAGUGGGCCCCGGAUUGGCCCUGCCCUCCCGUCCCGGGACCCGCGGGGGGCCCUUGCCUGCCCGUCCCGGUACCCUGGCGGACCCCUGCCCGGCCCACCCGGGACCCUCGGCGGGCCCUUGGCCCGCCCGUUCCCAUGGGACCAGUGGGUAACUGCCUGCCCCCUCCCCGUCCCCGGACCCUCGGCUGGCCCGUUUGCCCGGUACUUCCCAGGGACCAGUGGCGGCCACCUGCCCGCCCGCCGGUCCUUGGACCCACCCGGCCGGGCCUUGCCCGCCCGUCCCGGGACCAGUUGGCCGGAUGCCUGCCCACACCAACCCGGCGGACUCCUCUGCGGCCCUUGCCCGCAACCGUCCCGACCAAUGGCCCGGGAUGCCUGCCCGCCGUCCCGGGACCCGCGGGGGGACCUUGCCUGCCCGUACCCGAGGACCCACAGUGGCGGAGGACGCCUGCCCCCUCUCCACCCGUCCCGGUACCCACGCAGGCCCAGCCCGCCCGUCCCGGGAUCAGUGGACGGAGCCCUGCCCACCCAACCCGCGACCCGCGGCGGGCCCGUUGCCCGCCUGGUCCCGUGA